CCCGUCUUGUUAUCUUGUAGAGUGGUCGGUACGAGUAUCGCAGUGUUUUCCAUGCACUCUGCUCUAUGUACAAGAGAGAGGGUGUGCGAGGUCUGUACUGUGGCAUGUUUGCUACACUCCUGCGAGACGUCCCAUCAUCAUCUCUCUACUACAUGUUUUACACGGCGUCCAAGCGCUAUGCUCACAAAAACUUUUCAGAUGAGAACAAUAGAAGAAGUGUCAACCUCUGCUGUGCUAUCUACUCUGCUGUGAUGGCUUGUCUCCUGACCCACCCUGUUGAUGUUGUCAAAACACAUAUGCAAAUCGACAAGAAUCACAGCGAGGGAACUUUGCGCAUGGCGCGCAAAAUGCUCCAGGACGAGGGCAGCCUUACGUUCUUCCGCGGUGCUCAGGCCCGCAUUGCCCGUCGGUCGUGUGUUAUUGCUCUCUCCUGGACUGUCUACGAGAAUGUGAUUGAGUUUCUCGCCAAGCUUCUCUGACCUACUACUAGUUCUAGUGUAUGUGUAGGUGAUCACAUGACCCACCCACCUAGUGUUGCAGAUCACAUGACCUGCCUAGUGUUGCAGGUCACAUGACCCACCUAGUACUGCAGGUCACAUGACCCGCCUAGUGUUGCAGAUCACAUGACCCGCCUAGUGUAGCAGGUCACAUGACCCACCUAGUGUUGGUCUAAGCGCAUGUCCCAUGUUUUCUUCAAGCUCUACGACUGACUCGGAUCAUGUGCAGCGCCGGGUUUACGUAAGUCUGUGCACGCUACGUGUGUAGCGUAGCACACACAGCGCUGUGUACCCUCGCCCUCUGAGCUGGCCCGGUGCUUGUGUGUCAAUCGAGACGGUGUUCUUGUGCAGUGCCUGUGUGUGUGUGUGUGUGUGUGUGUGUGUGUGUGUGUGUGUUCUUUUUCUUGUUUUGACCCAUCCAGUAUAGUAUUGAGCAAUGUUCCUAUCGUUGGUUCAAGUAUGGUAUGCUAACCCAAUAGUUUUUAGUGCAUUAGAUGGCAACUUGAAUUCUAAAAUGUCCUCUUACCUCUAGAACUUCUAAUUGUAUGCCAAGACACACAACUGCCUCUUUCCAACAAGAUCCCUUUCCGACUGUUCGACAAGAUCCCCUUGAUCAUCAACAACCUGCGUAUGUCUCUUUCAUACAAUUAAUAUUCAGUUGAAGUAUUUAUUUUCGGAGUGUCCAAUCGCCGAUCCUCUUCCGCGUGACCCCAUGCUCUUGAUCAGGCAUGUACAUUUACUGUGUGUAAGUUAAGGGCUUAACCUUCAGUUUAUUACCAUGGUAACAAGGGCUAAACGCCCAUCAGUCUGUGAGGUUGCCACGGUGACCGAGCAUAAACCUUUAAUGUGUCACAUCACCAUGGCUACAAUCCUCCAUCUUUUCCCGCUAUUUUAGGUCUGUUUUGUUUAUGAAGCAUUAUUGUUAUGCAUUCUUUCUUUCUUUCUAGGACAGAUGCAGCUUGUUCUGCUUCACAAGCGAUUGUGUAAUUUAUUUUCGCCCCCGGCGUAAGCGUCCGACACGUCUGUGACUGUGCGGCUGGUUUCUCGUCCCUAGACAUAUUUUCUAUUGUGGAUGCGUGUAGCCGGUGCCGUUCCCACUAUCUUUCUUGACUUGAGUCCUUGACACUGCUCCAGGUGUUUCGACCGUGUUUGAAAACGGUGUCAUCGUGUACUCUGUUUUCGGUUCGCCCUAUUUCUCUUGCCUUUUGUGGAGAGCGUAAAUAUCCUUUGUAGUCGUCUUAGCUUGUUUUCGUUUUGCUUGUCGAACCUUUCUGCUCCGAAUAUUAGGUUACGGAUAUACCCGCGAUAAACUCA